AUGAUGGAACAUUAAGAGGAUGAACAUUAUUAAUCAAUGAAAGAAUAUUUAUUAGUUUUUUCAGCUUGUUAAAAUAGCUCCUUAAAAACCGGUAGUUAUUGUGCUGACGAGAAAACAAUAAAUGAAUAUAUGUCUAAACAUCAUGGAUAUCUAAUUUUAACAGUUAGAUUGAAUUAAUUUAAUUAUGUUAGUUAAAAAUUCGAAACGUUCGUUAAAUAAUAUUAUUAAGCUUUUGAUCCUAGAAGGUCUUAUUAUUCUUAAGUAAUGUUGAAAUAAUAAGAAACCAUCCUUGAUGAUGGAGUACUUUUUAAGAAUUAAAAGAGUCACCUUUUCCUUAACAAUUAUGAAUUGAUCAAUUAAGAGGUUGAAAAAUAAUUUAUGCCAGAUACAAUCGCAUUUAUUUCAAAUGAUAUUUACAAUUUAAAUAUUUCAAAUUCAUAUCUUUUUAGAAUAGAUAAUAUAUUUGUUAUUGAAGAGAUUAGUAUGACAAAACUUGGCCAAGUUUUAGCUUAGAUUGGUUCAAUUGUUUAACUAAUCUUUUUAUUAAAGUAUGUGGCACUCUAUUAUAAUAAUGAAUUACUUUAAAAUUAAUUGUUCCAUGAUAUUUUAUCUAUGUAUUAUCCAGAAUUAAAAAACAUAAAAAUCAAUAUCUUUAAUAAAUUUGAGUUUGAUGAAGAAAUUAAUUAAUGUUAAGUUCCUAUUAAAAAUUUGAAAUUAAUUUAUGGAUAAUUAUUAAAACGAGCUAAAGAAAAGUGUAGGUUGAAUAAUAUUAUAUAUGAAAUUUCUAGAGUCUAAUUUAUUCUUGAAUAAUAAUUUGGAAAUCGGAUUUUAUUAGGUAGUCAUUAAUUAGGAAAGAAAUUAUCUAAAAAUUCUAAUGAGUUUGCUAUCGACAGAAUCACGGAAUCAAAUCGAUUAGUUGUCUAGCCAGCAGAAUAAUUAGACCAAGAUUAAGAAUAAGAGAAUUAUUUGAAUGAACCUUUAGAGAUCCUUAUAAAGCAUAAUUGA